AUGUCUGAAAUAUUCCAUCCUCAGGCCGCUCCAGAUCCAGGAGAGCUGCUUUCUCUCAGACGGCUGGUCAGGAGAUUUGGAGACCCGGUUCUGAUGACCGUCAGGCUCACAGGAAGAAAGCGUGGCAGAGCGGCAGCCAGCAGAGGCCAGAUGAUGGACGUCCGUCCACUUCAUCUAAACGCUCUCGCAGAGUUGUGUUUUCAUUUGUUUUUCUUCAUUUCUGAAAAACCUACAGAAUGUAGGAAGAGGAAAGGAGCUGGUUCUUUGCUCAACAGGGUAUGGAAGGCUACGAAGAGUUAUUUCCACUGCUGUUGCCACAGUUGUGCUGUGGAUGUUGUGGAGCCUUUUGUCCCUCCACCAGAUCUGGAGCCAAAGCCUGAUCCUGAGCCUUCAUCCCCUGCACCAGAUCCCUCCGGCGUCAAGCCGAAUAAUGGUCGCUCCAGAUCCUUGAGAACUGCUUCCACAGAUUCUUCACCGGGAAUCACGUCACCAUCAUCUUUGUCCCUCUCUAAGGACAAUGUAGAGAGGAGGUUCUGUGGAGAGUGGUUAAGCCUUAGCAGCAGAGGCUCGUACAUCGUUGAAUGGAGGUGGAGUGGUGAUAUUUCGGAUAGCCGAAACGAACAGAGCGGUUGCAGCAACUGCUGUUUGUCCAGGUCCGAAAGCCUCGAAGGGUUUCUGUGCCCUCCACUGCCAGGUCAAGUUCCUGUCGAGCCAACAGAGACAGAGACAAACGUCCGAACUGCUCAGGGUGCCAUGGAGGAUUCUCCAGUGAACAAGAGCUCAACAGAGUCCUUUGAGUCUCUCUAUAACAUGGGAAAGAUGAUUGGAUCCGGAGGAUUUGGCAGGGUGUACAAUGCAACACGCAAAUUUGAUGGCAAAAAGGUUGCCAUCAAGCGGAUGCGUAAGAUUGACAAUGAUCGUUGUCUUAAUAUUGUAAGUUGCCUAAAACCUGAAUAUGUAUUUAGCUGUUUAAGUGCAGAUUACUGUAUACAAAUAAAUACCAACAAAUAA